AAAAAGAAGAUAUUGUGAAGACAUUUUUUUUAAACAAUGAAAUCUGAAAACAAUCUAAGCAACAAGAGGAGGGAACCGCUGAGCAAUUCAGAAGUUUGGUUUAUUGCACUUCUGCUUCUGUUCAUAUGUAUUUGUGUUGGAUUAAUAGUGUUUGCGUGGCUUGUCAUAAAAGACCGUCCUGAAGACUAUGUCAUAUGUGAACCGAACAAUGCAUAUAAUGUGAGUGGGACAUUUAAGAUAGUGUCAGGAGCCACUUAUACAGUCGACCUGCAAAACAGAACUUCAUCGGACUUUAAACUCCUUGCUUAUGAUGUCCAAGAAAUGAUUUCUGAAAUAUACUUAGCAGGUCAGCUGAGCAAUGAAUAUAAAACAGCAAAUAUUUUGGAAUUUCGAAAUGGCAGUGUUAUUGUUCUGUUCAUUCUUCACUUCACACAAAUAAUAUCAAAUGAAGAAAUACAGAAUGAACUUGUUGAUGGUAUUGAAGGAAAUCAUUCUCAGCUCACAAAGACAUUUUUAAUAGAUACAAGCAGUGUGUUGAUUGAAGGUGUUAUAGAGUCAACAACAAGACCAAGCACAACAGAUAUUCUACUAUCUUCAUCGCCAAGACCCAACACAACUACAGUGCAGUGUCAAAGUUUUGAAAAGAUGUGUGCUGAUUUUGCGACCUGUGUACAUAAAGAGCUAUUUUGUGAUGGUGCGUCUGAUUGCCCAGAUGCUUCUGAUGAACAAAACAACAUAUGUGAAUCAGAAUGUGAUGGUCAAUUUUUAUUAUCUGGGGAUUCUGGGACAUUUCAUUCAAAAAAUUAUCCGCAGCCAUACGAUCCAGAUCUUUCCUGCCGCUGGAUAAUACGUGUCAAGGAUGGUUUCAGCAUAAAAUUUAACUUUCCAUCAUUUGAUACAGAAGAAUAUACAGAUUUUUUAAAUAUCUAUGAAGGUGUUGGAAGAAAUAAAAUUUUAAGAGCAACACUUUGGGGAACAAAUCCAGGUUCUGUGAGGAUAUUUUCAAAUCAAGCCACAGCUGAGUUUAUAACAGAUAAUAGUUACAAUAACAAUGGUUUUGAAGCUAUUUACACAAUAUUUGCAGAAAGCAGUGUCACAAAUGAAGAAAAGAUUGACUGUGACUUUGAAGAUGGAUUUUGUUACUGGAUGCAGGAUCUUGACGCAGAUGCCGAAUGGGAAAGAGUAAAUGGUCCAACAUACCCACCGAUGUCUGGACCUGAUGUUGAUCACACAUUUGGCAAUAUGUCUGGCUAUUAUUUAACAACACCCACUGGACCUGGAAUACAUCAAAGAGUUUGUCUCAUUAGCCUACCUUUAAGGCCACUAUCCGAACCUUACUGUCUCAGUUUUUGGUAUCACAUGUAUGGUGUUGAUGUUUACCGUUUUAGAGUUCUUAUUACUGUAAAUAAUACAGAAAAAAUAAUGUUUGAAAAAGAAGGGAAUUAUGGACAGAACUGGAAUCACGGACAAGUGACAUUAACUGAAACUUCUGAAAUUGUGGUUGCUUUUGAUGCUAUUAAGAAUCGAGGAUUAAGUGACAUAGCAAUAGAUGAUAUUGGUCUAAAAGUCGGAAGCUGUAAUGAAAGUCUUUAUCCACAACCAACCCAUGUCCCCACUGUCCCCACUACAACAACUGCUCCGACUGAUUGUGGAGGACCUUUUGAACUAUGGGAACCUAACAACACAUUUAGUUCUUUAAAUUAUCCCAACAAUUAUCCAAAUCGUGCAUCAUGUGUCUGGUAUCUAAAUGCUGAUAUAGGAAAAAAUAUUAAACUACAUUUUAAGACUUUUGACCUCGAGAAUAUAUAUGAUGUGGUUGAAGUUAGAGAUGGCAGAGAUGGAAAUUCAUUGCUACUUGCUGUUUACACAGGUUAUAAUCCAGUAGCUGAUGUCUUCUCUACAACCAAUCAGAUGACAGUAUAUUUCACAACAGAUUCAUCUGGGACUGCCAGAGGGUUUUUGGCCAACUUUACAACCGGUUAUCACCUGGGCUUAUCAGAGCCAUGCAACAUAACAGAAUUCCAUUGUGGAGAUGGAGAAUGUGUACCGAUUGCCGCUGUCUGUGAUAAACAACUAGACUGCAACGAUGGUUCCGAUGAAACAAAAUGUGUUCGUUUUCUUAAUGGUGGUUCUAAUGGACUAGUUCAAUUCAGGAUUCAGAAUGAGUGGUAUACAACAUGCGCAGACAAUUGGAAUGAAGACAUUUCUAAUAAUAUAUGCAACCAAUUAGGACAAGGGGAUGUGAAUACAACAUCUACUGUACCAUCUGAAGGAAAGGGGCCAUUUGUUCAACUAGUUCAAGCAGAGGAUGGAAGCUUUGAUCUACAAACAAGUGAUCGCUGUACCAACCAGUCUGUUAUUCACGUUAAAUGCAACCCACCAGCAUGUGGAAAACGUCUUUUAGACACUGCAAAUUCCAAGAUUGUGGGUGGAACUGAUGCUCUACCGGGAGCUUGGCCAUGGGUGGUCUCUCUUUAUUACAAUGAACGGCAAACAUGUGGUGCGUCCCUGGUGAAUGAGGAGUGGUUGGUGUCAGCAGCACAUUGUGUAUAUGGAAGGAACCUAGUACCAUCAAUGUGGAAAGCUGUGCUUGGGCUACAUACUAAUUUGAAUCUAACUGGCCCCCAGACAGUAACUCGACUGAUUGAUCAAAUUAUCAUGAAUCCACAUUAUAACAGGAGAACCAAAGACAGUGACCUAGUAAUGAUGCAUCUACAAUCCAGAGUAAAUUAUACAGAUUACAUACAGCCAAUUUGUUUACCAGACGGCGAUAAGGAAUUCUCCUUAGGGAUGAACUGUUCAAUUGCUGGGUGGGGUAGGUUGGUAAGUCAAGGUCCUAUUCCAAAUAUAUUACAAGAGGCAGAAAUACCUCUAAUAUCAAGCGAGAAAUGCCAACAGCUAAUGCCAGAAUAUAAUAUCACACAGAACAUGAUAUGCGGAGGAUACGAUCAAGGGGGGAUAGAUACAUGUCAGGGAGAUUCUGGAGGUCCGUUAAUGUGUCUAGACAAUCAGAGAUGGUUUCUAGUUGGUGUGACCUCAUUUGGAGUUGGAUGUGCACAACCAAACCGACCUGGAGUUUAUGUUCGAGUCACACAAUUUAAGGAUUGGAUACAAAAUAUUUUUAUUUAACGGAAAACCAACACUUGUUGGCACAUAUGGUCAUUUCAUUAUUAAUAAUAACAAAAAAAAGAAAUUUGAUUUAAUUAAGAUUUCACAUAUAAAGCACUUUCCAAACUGUGUUUUUUUUAUUUGCUGUAGAAUAAUUAGACAAAGUGUUUGCCACAGCUUACUGAUCACAAAUUGUAAUAUUCUAAAUUAAAUAAAACUUUAAAAAAAUGUACACUUCUGCACCUUAUUUGGAUUUGCAUUGUUAAGCCUUAGAACAUUGCGUACAAGUGUGAAAAUUCACUAUUACUGUUCCAUUGCACUAAAAAGACAGCUUUAAUAUUUAAUUAAUAAAUGUUAUAAAUACAA